CCUCCUUGAACCGAUAACCGUGGACGGGACGAGAGAAAGAUUGCAUGAUCCGGGUACGGGUACCUACCCGCCGCAUAGUAAUACCCGAUCAUAACCCAUGUACCGAGGUACCUACGUAAUCAUGCAAUGAGAAGGCCAAUCCCCGGAGGUCUCCGCCCAAUCACCACACGAUUUCUCGUCCCCGCAAGACCCGCACCAGCAAAUCACAGGUCAAGAUCCAGUCAUCCCGGGGGCGGCCAACAUCCAGAACCGCAGUGCACACGCAGUUACGGUUGUCCUCGGUAUCCUUUUCCUGGACUUCCCUCUCCUCCUGAAUGCUGCCUCCCCGGAUUUUGCCAUUAGCGCAUAUGCUUUUUUUGUGCAUUCCCACCUCCAAUUUCUCGCCAGUCUUGUUGCCCGUCCGUCCGUGUGUCACUGGCUGAGGUACUUUGCCUUAGCCAAAAACCUCUUCUCCUGCUCCUACCGACGCCUCCUCAACAAGCUUUUGCUGCAGUUGCUUUCUUUCCCCAACCCUUUUCCUUCUUAAAGACCUGAAGCGAAACCACCCGAACUGCUUGCCCUCCAACCCCCCCCCCCCCUUCCCCGUGCAUGCCUGCCAGUCCAACAACUGUCUACACCUGUCGAACGAAACUCAUUAUAAUUCUUAACCCUUGCUUGCUCGCUUAUCAAAUAUCGUCCCUAUCCCCCAGCCGCCGCCUAGAUUCACCUACCAUAUAAUACAAGUCUCAGGGAAAAAGCAAAAAAGUAGCAAUGGAGGAGGCAUAUAAGCAAUACGCGAACCAAGCGCGUCGCAAGAACCGCUCCAGCACGAACCUCAACCACCUCUCCCUCGCCCCCUUCACCUCCCGCAUGCCCCUCCAAGACGACGACGCCCUCCCCGACCACCUCACCUCGCCGCACCACAGCACCUCCUACCUCGAGGGCAAAUCCGCCCCGACGACGCCCGGCCUGCUCACCCGCUCGCCCGCCCGCUCAAACUCCCACGCCCGCCGCGCCUCAGUGCCGCACGCCGACCUCCCCAAGAGCAAAUCAGCCACCCACCUGACGCCCGCCGCCGAUAGGAAAUCUCGCAGCCGAAAGGCCGUCUCCGGCACUACCUCGCCGACGGUACGCCGCCGGAAAGAUGAUUUCUCGAUCCGAGAUCGGAACGAUAGCGAUUGGCUCCUCCGCACCGGCGCCCUCAUCAGCAACGAGAACCGCGAAUCAAAGGGCCAGGCGUGGCUGGUGUCGAGGCAGAGCUCGACGAGCCUGACGGGUAUGCGGGACGCCGACGAGGAGGCAUUCGAAAGGGAACUGGCGCGGGAGCGGGAGCUCACCAGCAGACGCAGCAGCCGGCGCGGCAGUCUCGCUGACCUGGAGGGCGCGGGCUACGUCCAUUCCGCCCGGCCUAGUCGUCCUGGGAGUCGGUCAGCUAGCAGAGUCGGCGGCACCCGGAGCCAGAUGUUGACGCCAAUGGAGCGCGAACGUCACUCUCUCGAGGAGGGAUACUUCCCCCGCCACCACGACGGCGAGGACUACAUCCCCGGCCCGGACUUUGUCAAUCUCGACGAGCAGCUUGAGUCAUUCGACUUUGACACCACGCAAGACGACGAGGCCGCCGUCAGGAGGCUGGUCAAGGGCGAGAGGGCCGGCGGCGCCUCCUGGGUCGGGAACAUCCUGGGAUGGCCAUUGUUCGCCGUCGAGGAGAACGAGGAAGAGUCUGACGACGAAGACGAUGUCGACGGGGACGAGUUCGAGGGUGAGGCUGACGAGGAUGGGGCGCACGGGCUCCACCGGUCGUGGUCAGCCCGGCAAUUUGAGAGUGUUAUCGGCGCCCCGGAAGAGCGGAUUCCGCCUCCAAAAGCAAACGAGGGUGGCUGGCAGGACGCGGCGUGGCUGCUCAGUGUGGCUACCAAGGUUUUGCUGUGAAGAGGGCAGGAGAAGAAGGAUUCAGCGAGAAGGAGAAGAGGACAUUUUUUGUCACCCCCCAUUGAGCGAGGAGAAGGGGGGAAAAAAGAUGGCAUAACCACCACCACCACCGCCGCACCCUCAAGAGGCCCCAUCUUCGGACCGCUUGAGAACGGUGGAGUGGGUAUCAUGAACCAGCCCCAGCAAGACUGAAGCUUCAUCGUUAGACUAUUUGAGAACCCCGGCAGCCGAAACUCUGCAGGGUAUAUUUGCUUGCUCCAAAUGGCCCCACGUUGCUUUCCUGCAAAAUCCUUCGAAAACUUCGAUAUGCUGCGAGGAGGGGAGCGGCUCCUCUCGAAGGUCCGCGUCUCGGCCUCAACAGGUGCUUCUCGUACCCGGAACAGGCCCGUCACCUGCCAAAUAGUUCAGCUCACUACCUAUUGAUCACCAGCCCUCGUAUUUCG